UUCAUUUCAUUAAUUCAUUCAUCUUAAAUGUUUAUAAAUACUCAGCCAUUUUUCAAUUACACUUCAAACUGAAUCUUCCCUGUUUUUUGAUCUUCCAACAAUGGCGAAGAAUUUGGCUCAGGGAUUUCUCGAGAGAAACAAUUUGGCCUCUCAUGACCCAAAAGUGGCCAUGGCGAAGCGCUGUGCUAGAGAGGGUGUGAUAGCUGGAGCUAAAGCAGCUGCCAUUGCAAGUAUUGCCACUGCUAUUCCCACUCUGGCCAGCGUGAGGAUGCUGCCAUGGGCAAAAGCUAAUCUGAAUCACGCAGCUCAAGCUCUCAUAAUCUCUUCAGUGGCUGGAGCAGCUUACUUCAUAGUGGCUGACAAGACUGUUCUAGCAACAGCAAGAAGAAACUCCUUCAAGCAAAAACCCAACGCUGAAACAUAUGAAUUCAAUUGAAUUCUCAACCUUCAAAUUUGAGUGUGACCAUUGGACGAAGCUAAGGGACUUACACACUUGAAGAAGCUACCCAUUUCAAUAUUAGCUCUUUCAAUUUACCCUUCAAUCUUGUACUAAGGAAAUCUAUGUAAAUCCCUUUGAUGUUCGAAUAAAAAAGUGGGGUUUUGGUUAUUGGUUU